AUGGCGGCACAAGUUGAUCGUAUAAUGGCCCAACACUCGGCAAACAGCAUACCCGAAGAGCCUCAACUGCCCUCCAUGGCCCCGUCCCUCACAUACUCGGAGUCCUCCGAACACUCUGAAAGCGAGGAUCCCCGCCAAUCUGACGACAUGGAGCAGCCGCGCCGCCGCCGUGCAUCCACUGUCCUUAUUGUCAAGUCUCCCGCUGACAUCCAACGUAUCACGGGCGAGACCACAACCCAAUUGGUCCAGAGGUGUUGCGGUGGUGGUUGCUGCCUCACUUCCGAUGGCAAGAGGGUCAAGAAGCAGGGCAUCGAGUAUGAGCGGGUUAAGUUUCCCGACAACGACGCAUACCGCGCUCUCAACCUCGAGAUCGAAGAAGUUCCGACUGUCCUAAACAACAUACUCGACCUUCCCGAACAGACUGCCUUUCUGCAGCCCCUUCGCCGUCCGUCCAAUGUGCCGUCUCCUACAGAGUCCACUGCGGCUCUCAACACAGAUGGUAACACGACAUCCGCCACAACCGAUCUCGAAAAGUCUGUACAAAAGCUGGCUUUGGAGGACCUUGAUACCAAGAUACAGCCACCCUCCUUUGUCCAACCUCACCCGCCUCACCAUGUCUUCCCCGCCCGCAUUCACACCGCUCGUGAGUUGACAGGCCAAGGCGCCGAGAAGCGUACAUUUCACUUCGACAUCGAUGUCACAAACUACCCGGAGGAUGAGGGCGUCGAUUUCAAGGUCGGCGGAGCCAUCGGUGUCUCGGCUCCUAACGAAGAGUCCAUGGUAGAGGAGCUGCUCGACCUUCUCCUCGUUCCCCGUUUCCUCCGCGACAAGCCCGUUCUCCUAAGGACAACCAAGGGCAGAUGGCCCACCGUAUGGGGUGAAGAUCAGGCCCGUGAGCUUGUUACGACACGGAGAGACCUCCUGACAUGGUGCUCUGACAUCCAGUCCUACCCGCCCACAAAACAGCUUCUCCGUAUUCUAGCCGAGUUUGCGACCAAUGAGGACGAGCGCAAGAUUCUGUUCUUCCUCUGCUCGGCGGAAGGCCAGGGAGUCUUCUGUGACUUCCGCACCGGCCCGCACAUCACCGUUGCCCAGCUCCUCCAUGCCUUCCCCAGCGCCAGGCCGCCUCUCGAUUUGCUCCUCUCGGUUCUACAGCCUCUGAUGCCCCGCUUCUACUCCUUGUCUAACGACCCGCACGAGUCCUUCUUGAGACGCGAUGGCAAGCAACAUCGACUGAUUGAGAUUGCUGUCACCGUCCAUACUUCUUCCGACUGGAGGACAGGCUCGCGCAACGGAGUCGGUUCUGGUUUCUUCCAGCGCCAAGCCCUCAAGUAUAUUGAGGCACAAGAAAGAGGCGAGAAGGACAUUGAGGUUUACAUCCCCAUGUUCAAGGGUUUGAUGGCCAACCCUCUUGCCAAGCAGUUCGUCUCUGACGGCCCCAUGCUACUUAUCGGUGCUGGUGUCGGCAUUGCUCCUUUUAGAGGUUUCGUCCAGCGCCGCCUCAAGACCGCCAACUGCGCCAACAAGGUCUGGGUCCUCCAGGGUUGCCGUGACUCGCUAGUCGAUGAGCUGUACAGCGGCGAGUGGGGUGUCCAUGAGGAUGAGGUCAAACGUGUGGUGGAAAGUCGUCGUGGUCAGGGGCGUUAUGUCCAGGAAGAGGUCAAGGCCCAGGCGGACUUGGUCUGGUAUAUCAUCAACUCAGUCGACGGCAGGGUGUUCGUCUGCGGUAGCUCCAAGGGCAUGGGCGAAGGUGUCGAGCAGGCGCUGAUCGAGGUCGCGAUGGAGAAGGGCAACCUCGAGCACGAUGAAGCAAAGCAAUUCUGGGAACUGAAGAGGGAGGUUGGACAAUACAUUGCCGAGACGUGGUGAUCGGUUUCACUGUUUCACGACGAUAACAUCUUUUUGGGCCUCUUGAAUGUUGCG